AUGCAUCGUACCCCACCGCCUUCAAAAAAAAUAAGCGAUUUAGUCGCCGAAAUAAGUGGAAUGAAUUUUCCAAGUGGUAGUCAGACACAACCUCAAAAUUCGCCACCAGUUACACUACCGCCAGCUGUGCCCCCGCCAGCUGUGCCGCCACCAGUUGGGCCACUGCCAACUAUGCCAACGCCAGCUGUGCCAUCGACAGCAGUGUCACCGCCAGCAGUGCCCCUGUCAGCUGUGCCCCCGUCAGCUGUGCCACCGCCAAUUGCACCACCACCGUUAGCAUCAACAAUCCUUCUAUCCGAACAGAUUCCCUUCGCAGGACAGGCUGCCGAUCUACAAGAAACACUUCCAUCAACCGUUACUGCUGGCCAUCCUAUGCCCCGUCAAUCAUCUGGAAUGAAUCCGAUGACUUCAAAGGCGAUGUCAACAGCAUCCAAAGCCUCAUCACGCAGGCGAGCAUCCCUUCAACUCAAACGGUUAGAAGAAGAACGGCUGCUGCAAGAAAGGUACUUGUCGAAAAAAUAUCAAAUUCUUGAGGACAACCUUUCUGAAGACGAGGACGAUGUUGAAGAUGACCUCAACGGCAACGACAACGCUGAUGGCCCCCCUACAUCCUCAAAAAAUGUGGAAAACUGGUUGAAAAUGCAAACCAAGCAUGGAAAUGUAACUUUUAAUGCCGAUCUACCUAAUAAUAGCACAUUAAAUAAUAACUGGCUAGGCCUUAACGUCAAUCAAAACCACGAUAACACUUUAUUGAACACAAAUAAUGUAGAAAGACAAACUUUUCCACAAUCAACGAACAACAAUAAUCAGAUUCCACAAGAAACCUUAAAUGAUUUCCAAGAUAAUCCCACGUUAACACGGCGACAAUUGGCUGCAAGACAUUCCACACCAAAAGAUCUACCACGGUUUAAUGGAGAUCCUGAGGACUGGGCUUUAUUCAUCAGCUGCUUCGAGAGCAGCACCAGGAUCUGCGGUUUCUCGUCAGAAGAAAAUCUUGUACGCCUUCGGGCAAGCUUGAGAGGGAAAGCACUCGAUGCAGUUCGCAGCCGGUUGUCACAACCCGGUCAAGUUGACAGAAUUAUAAGCACAUUGCAAAUGAUGUUCGGCCGUCCUGAAAUCAUAAUAAACACAUUGCUUAGUAAACUCAAACAAGAACCGCUUCCUAAAGCAGAUAAAUUAGAAUCCAUCCUAAAAUAUUCACUUGAGGUUGAAAGUAUUUGUGCCACAAUGGAAGUUUCUGGUUGUUCAUCGCAUUUAAACAACCCUAUAUUGCUCCAGGAGUUGGUAGAGAGACUACCUCCAACUCUUCGCCUGAACUGGUCCAUAUAUAAACAAACACUUUCAAUAAUUAACAUUUCUCAAUUUAGCUCUUGGUUAUUUGAAGUUGGUCGAGCCGCAAACGAUGUGAUAUUUUCAGGCAUUUCAUCUCCAGAGCAAAAAUCACGACAAGAGCGAUCACAUCUAAAUAUUCACAACGAAGUAGUAACAUCCAAAAAAUGUAAAAUUUGCGAAAAAAAUUGCACUUCAUUGGCUAAAUGUCAGACGUUCCUCGACUACUCAUUACAGCAACGAUGGUCGAUUGUAAAAGAAAAACAUCUGUGCCGAACUUGCCUUCGUCGUCAUAACAACAAAUGUCAAUCCAAACAGCUGUGCGGAGAAAAUAACUGUGCCUAUCGUCAUCAUAAGCUCCUUCACAAUUACUCAUAUAAUCAAACGAAUGCACCUAAAUAUGACAUCGAAAAAUCAGACUCAUCAAAGAAGACUACUGUUGCCGAAACUCCGAAUUCAAACCCCUUCACCAAGACACUUACAACUCCCUUUGAUGAUUCAAACAAAAAAAUUAACAACACAGUUCCAAUUCCCCUCGCUAAUGCCAGUCAAGAAACAAAAAAUUUACAAAUUUCAACGGCUUCGAAUUCCAUCGCACAACCAACACCAUCAACAUCCAUCGCGACCCAAACACCAUCGAAUUGUCACACUCACCAAAAAGAGAAUGCAAUUCUCUUCAGAGUAUUGCCUGUAACCUUGUACGGAAAAGAGAGAAAGGUAGAAACAUUUGCAUUUCUUGACGAUGGGUCGUCUACUUCGUUGUUGGAAUCGCAGUUGGCUGAUGAUUUGCAAUUGGAAGGGGAAAAUUUACCGCUGCACUUAAAGUGGACAUCAAAUGUAGUACGAGAAGAAGCAAAUUCAAGAAAGGUCGAUUUGGAUAUUUCUGGCGCAGACAUGCAGAAUAAGUUUUCAAUUCAUGGUGUGCGCACAGUGGAAGAUUUGGAUUUGCCGCAGCAAACAAUUAAUGCAAAAGAUUUAUGUAAACGGUAUGUACAUCUAAAGGGUGUUCCACUUAUGUCAUUUGUUGAUGCAAAACCUCGUAUUUUAAUAGGUUUAAAGCAUUGGAAUUUGGGAAUACCGCUCCGAACUAAAGAAGGAAAUACAAACGAACCUGUUGCCACCAAAACGCGGUUGGGUUGGGUGGCGUUUGGCCCAUGUGACAUAACUUCCGUCAAGAAUCUUAGCCUUAAUUUUCAAUUGGAUAUUUGUCCAUGCCGCACUGGUGAUGACUUGUUUUUAAACGAUUCUCUGAAAGAUUACUUUGCAAUGGAAAAUGUGGGAACGAAAAAAGUUCUACUUAUGUCGCCUGAAGAGGAUAGAGCACAAAAAAUACUCGACACUCAUUCGAAAAGAAUUAAAAAUAAAUUCGAGGUUCCAUUGCUUUGGAGAAAUGAUAACUUAAAAUUACCUAAGAGUGAAACUUAUGCAUACAAUCGUCUGUUGUGCUUAGAGCGUCGAUUGGUAAGAGAGCCACAUAUUAAAAUAUUGAUAAAUAACUUGAUUGAAGAUUAUGUUAUUAAAGGUUACGCUCGGAAGAUCGACCCUAAAUCUGAAGUAACAGGAAAAACGUGGUAUUUACCAAUUUUCCCUGUAUUAAACCCGAACAAACCUAACAAAAUUCGCAUCGUUUGGGAUGCGGCAGCAAAAAUAAAUGGGGUUUCACUCAAUUCGGCUUUGUUGACUGGUCCUGACAUAACAUCCCCCUUGCUUGGAGUUUUGUUUCGUUUUAGAGAACGAAAUGUGGGCCUGUGUGCGGACAUAAAAGAAAUGUUUCACCAGGUACAAAUUAAGGCUGAUGACCAGGAAGCACAACGAUUCCUUUGGCGUAAUGCUAAAACAAACGAAGUCGAAACAUACAUUCUUCAAGUCAUGUCAUUUGGCGCAACUUCUUCGCCGUUUUGUGCACAAUAUAUUAAAAAUCGUAACGCACAAGAAUUUAAUCUACAAUUUCCUGACGCUGCUAAGGCCAUAAUAAGAGAUCACUAUGUUGACGAUUAUAUUGCUAGUUAUGAUAAUGAUGAAGAAGCAGCGAGAAUCGCCAAGGAUGUAAUUCAUGUACAUAGCAAAGGUGGAUUUGAAAUAAGAAAUUUUAGGUCAAAUUCUUCAAGUUUAUUGGACGAAUUGAAGUGUCAUUCAGCUGACAAGUGCUCCAGUGUGUCCUUGUCGAAUGCUGAAAAGGUUUUGGGCCUAUGGUGGUCCCCAACAAAUGAUGAGUGGUUUUUCAUAUUUAAUAGCGAUCGAAUGUGUUCUGAAGUGAUGAGUGGUAAGCAGAAACCCACAAAAAGGGAAGUUCUUCAAUUUUUAAUGAGAAUUUAUGAUCCUUUAGGUCUGAUUGCUAACAUUCUGGUAAACGUUAAAAUUUUGCUGCAGUCUAUUUCGAGAUCUGGUGUUGACUGGGACGAGAAAAUAAGAAACGAGCAUUUCGUUAUUUGGAAUAAAUGGCUUCGUCUGUUGCCUGAGAUCAAUAAUAUUAAAAUCCCUCGGAGGUACUUAACAGUGCUUAACUUUCUUGAUGCAGAUAGUGUUGAGUUACACAUAUUUUGCGAUGCAAGUGAAGAGGCUCUAGCUUCGGCCGCAUAUAUUCGAGUUAUACAUGGAGAAGAAAUCGAGUGCCGUUUAAUAGCAGCAAAAACGAAAGUUGCACCCUUACGUCACAUAUCAAUUCCACGAAUGGAACUUGAAGCUGCAGUUCUUGGAAGCAGAUUAGCAACUACAAUCAUCGAAAGUCAUUCAAUUAAAUUUACACGCCAAAUAUACUGGACUGAUUCUAAAACCGUCAUCUAUUGGCUAAGGUCACCGAGCAGAAAAUUUCAGCAGUUCGUUUCUUUGAGAAUUGGCGAGAUUCUUGAGAAAACUCAUGCAGAAUAUUGGAAGUGGGUUCCAUCUAAAGAAAAUGUGGCCGAUGAAGCCACAAAAACCCGAAUGAAUUUCGAUUUUUCAUCGCAAAGUCCAUGGUAUAGAGGUCCAGAUUUUUUGUGGUUAAAUGAAAACUUCUGGCCGAAGUGUGAACUUGAUUCUAUAAAGCCAGAUAGUGAAUUUGUUGAACAUCUUCAUCACAGCACCAAAGAUGUCAAUCAGGAAUGGAUAAUUAAUUUUCAUAAAUUCUCAAAUUGGAGGGAGCUUCUUAAUGCCAUGUCAAGAGUUUACCUCUUCAUUGAUUGGUACUUUACCCGCAACCCAGAUCUCACGCUUCAACAAUUCAUCGACGAUGCAGAACGUUGUUUGUGGAGGCGAGCACAGAGAGAUGUGUUCAGUGAAGAAAUCAUACUUCUAGAUGCAGUGAAUAUUGGUGACAGAGUUUUUCUUCCAAAGACAAGUUUGUUGUAUAAAUUAUCACCAUACAUAGAUGAACAUAACGUGUUGAGAAUUUCUGGAAGAAUAGAUGCAGCAGUUGAUGUGGAUUUUGGAACCAAAAGGCCGGUUGUUCUUCCGAAGGAUCACCAUAUAACGUUUCUAAUUCUUGACCACUAUCACCGUAAAUUUAAACAUCAAUAUAAUGAAACAGUUGUGAACGAGGUACGUCAGCGAUUUUACAUUCCCGCUUUACGUAUAAUGGUUAAAAAAGUACAACGUAAAUGCCAGGAGUGUCGCAACCAAAGAGCUGAACCAGUGAUACCUGUGAUGGCGGAACUACCUUCUGCAAGGUUAAAAACGUAUACUAAGCCUUUCUCAUACGUUGGGAUCGACUAUUUUGGACCGAUGCUUGUAACUGUGGGGCGACGUGUGGAAAAAAGGUGGGGUGUUAUUUUUACCUGUCUUACUAUAAGAGCGAUUCAUGUAGAAGUCGCCCAUUCUCUCUCUACUAGUUCUUGCAUCCAAGCUUUGAAACGAUUUGUUUCAAGAAGAGGUACUCCAAUACAAAUCUACACCGACAACGGUACCAACUUUCGGGGAGCAAGUCGAGAAUUAAAAGCAGCUGUUGAACAAAUAAAUGGUAAGAAACUGGUUGAAGGUAUAGGUGAGGGAAGGGUCAAAUGGUCAUUCAUUCCUCCAGCAGCUCCACAUAUGGGUGGAUGCUGGGAGCGGUUGGUUCGAUCGGUAAAGCAAACGCUUUUACAAAUGAAAUUUACCAGAAAUCCGAGUGAUGAGCUACUAAAUACAAUGAUGGCCGAAGUUGAAGGUAUAAUCAACUCUCGUCCAUUGACUUACGUUCCAGUGUCUUGUGAGGAUGACGAAGCCUUAACACCUAACCAUUUUUUGUUGGGCUCUUCAAACGGAUCGAAGCCGUUAGGAGAGUGUAAAGAUGAAGGCAUUAUCUUAAAACAAAACUGGAUGAUGGCUGAGCAGCUUAGUAAUUCUUUCUGGCGAAGAUGGAUCCGGGAGUAUCUCCCGACCUUAACAAGACGAACGAAGUGGUUCCAGCACACAAAGCCCAUCUCCGUUGAUGACAUAGUAAUUAUAAUCGAUGAAAAUAAUGCCAAAAAUGAAUGGCCUAAAGGUCGUGUGUUAGAGCUUAACACGAGUCGGGAUGGAAAAAUUAGAAGUGUUGUCAUUCAGACGAAAUCGGGAGUCUAUGUUCGACCCGUUUCAAAAUUGGCUGUAUUAGAUGUUGCCGAUUCUACAGUAUCAGGUAAGCCGGAUCAACUUUCCAUCUUACCGGGGGGGAAUGUUGAGAAUCACGGCAACACUGGAGCUGUUGAAAAAUAG